AAGGGAAUGUCGUUCAUCUUCGCUCAAUAACGCACAACCAAUCAAAGCAGCCUUUGCAUCCAGCUGAGAAUUUGGGGUUUUAAUCAUUUCGCGUUUUUUUUUCUGUGUGCAGUGCUUUUCGGAUCUGCUAUUAAAGUUCUCCUCAAAUUGAUUAACUCGGGAUUUCUGUGUCCGUUCGCCGAGCUAUCUGCCUUUUCCGUGCUGAAGUUGCAUUUCAAAUACACUUGAUUUAAAUCCAUCCAAGUUGCUAAAUCCGUAGCGUAAAGAAAAGACUGUGGUGGUUUCGCGAAGACAGCUUUUGUUGUUGAUGCAGUAAUUUAAUGUGAUUUUUUUUGUCGUUGUGGUGGUGGUGGUUUUAAUCAGUGCGCAGGAAGCUCCAGAAGCAACGCCAAUUGCUGAAAAAUUCAAUUGCGCAGCACAAAAUAACGGGUUAUUUUUAUCCCGAUGCUUUAUCCGGAGUGAGGAGCUGGAUUAAGUGUUUUUGCCCCCGCUUGGAGUUGUAAACCUGCUGUAUGCAUCUGCACUGACCUGACGGAAUUCCCACUUAUCCCGUGUGCAGAGUGGAGUCUUAUUUGAACUGAAGAUGAGUGUUUUUGGCUACUUCGCGGUGUCUUGGAAGUGCCUGGUUGUGAUGUCUCUCAGACUGCUGUUUCUUGUACCGGCAGGAGUACCAGUCCGGAGCGGAGAAUCCCAAUCUGAUAACAGAGUGAUGGACAAUAUUACCGUCAGGCAAGGGGAGCCCGUUUUCCUAAGGUGUGCACAGGACAAUGGAGUGACACACACAGCCUGGCUGAACCGUUCAAGUAUAUUGUAUGCUGGAGAAGACAAAUGGUCGGUUGAUCCGCGGGUGAGCCUGGUGACUCUAGAUAAAAAAGAAUACACCAUCAAGAUCGACAGGGUGGAGGUCACCGAUGAAGGACAGUACACGUGUGCUGUGCAGACCCGAAGCAGGCCCAGAACAACAUCUGUCCACGUUAUAGUCCAAGUACCUCCUAAAAUCACAACUAUAUCGGAGAACAUAUCUGUGAAUGAAGGUGCCAAUGUGACCCUCGUGUGCAUUGCAGCUGGAAAACCAGAGCCCACAGUAACCUGGAGACAUAUCUCACCAAUAGCUCAGGGUCCUGUUUCGGAGGAGGAGUAUUUGGAAAUCCCGGCGAUCACCAGGCAGAAAGAGGGGAUCUACGAGUGCAGCGCAUCAAAUGAGGCUUCAGUUGAUGUACAAAAAGUAAAAGUAACAGUGAACUUUCCUCCAGCUAUCUCAGAAGCUAAAGACAUAGGAGUCCCACUGGGGCAGAAGGCGAUUCUACGUUGUGAAGCAGAUGCUGUGCCUUCAGCAGUCUUUGAGUGGUACAGAGAUGAUAGAAGGAUCCUUAACGGACUUAAUGGCACAGACAUUGAGAACAGAGGCAGACUGUCCUUCCUCACGUUCAGAAAUGUUUCUCAGGAAAACUAUGGCAACUACACUUGUGUUGCCACUAACAAACUUGGAAGUGCAUACAUCAACAUAAUUCUGUAUGAAAUAAGUGAGCCCACUAGCUCAACUCUGUUGCAAGGGCCUGGAGCAGUGCAGGAUGGGAACAGCGGCACCCUGGGAAUUCACACCUCAUCCUGUCUACUGAUCAUUCUGUGUGCGCAGCUACUGCUGGGGCUUUGAUGCAGAACUGUCUCCGAGGGGCAGUGACGAUGGUUUUUUUUUUCCCCAAGACCACAGACUUUUGCACCAAGCGUGCACAGGCUAGCAAGUCUCCCGUUCCCAUCUCCAGUUCCCAGGUCAAAAAAAUUGCAAAGAAAUAACGCUUUCCUUUUUGGCUGUUUGGAGGUUUAAACACAAAAUCUUCGCUGUGGCAACCUAAUGCCCCCAUUUUAACCCGGUCUGCAAAAGGGUGUGAUGUUUGUCUUUUAUUUCUCCUGUUAUUUUGUAAUUAUAGUUUUUAUUUUCUGAUAAACCCUCUGAUGCAAGCAGAGUAUUUAGUAUGGGGGAGGAAACAAAAAAGUUGAGUUUUCUCCUCCACAUUAUAAAUGGUGGUAUUUUUUAAGUGGUGCGUGCUAUAUUUCUUUUUAGUAAUAAUGAUGAGAUAUUUUCAGAGAGUAUAGAUAUUGUAUAUGUAAUUAUAUGAAUAUUAUUGCUACUAAAUCAAUUUCAAUUUUACUAGCAAAUGAAAAAGGCGUAGUGUCUGGUUUCUUCCAGUCCACUACUGGCACAACAGUACACAUAAACUAACCAGUGCUGGCAACUCAGGGCUUAGGGGUCAGAUUCAAUAUUCAUCUCCAAUAGCAGCUUGUUUUUUUCUUUAUAACCAGGAUGCAUAAUUCCUGGCUCCUCUAUAUAGAGCCCAAAGAAAUGCUGGUAGGAUAGGAUAUUGUACAGUCUUUUUUAUUGUUGUUGUCUCAAAUAAUUCUAGUUAUUAUAACCAGUCAUGAAGUAAAUUACUGUAACUCUUCCAUAUUGUGGAGUUUUCUGGGGGGAGGUACUGUACAUAGGGCAGAAGGCAGUGCUUCAACAAAUACGUAUAUGUAAUCCAAGACAAAAAAACAAAAAAUAAAUGAGUACUCUACAAGAAACCAUACCAACCCAUCUUCUAUUCCUUUUAGGAACAGGGUAGUUUUCUAUGAAAUUAUCAGGUAUAUUUCCGGUCAUAUCGUGACAUUGAAAAUUGCACCACUCUGAAAAUGCUUACAUUUACUAAGAGCGUGUCAUGUGCUCUGUGUUCGGUUUCGUUGACGUGGGAUGACCUAAUUCCAUAGGGUGGAACACCUACAGUAGCAUAAGGCAGGGAAGCAGUCAAAAGAGCUCUACAGUAGCAUAAUAUCAUUCAGCUAACCUUGUGCAAAUAUUACAUUUGUAACCAUUGUAUAUGUCUUAGGAAAGAGCUCUAACCAGUCCUUUUAUCUAAUUGUCUGACCAGCCUUUAUUAUGUAAACCACAGACCUAUGUACUGUAAGUGGCAUUUAGUGUAGUUAAAAAGAAAGUAUCAUUAUUUGAUUACAAUCAAAGCAAGAUCACAUUGCAAGAGUAAAAAGGUUCAAAUGGCUUUCUAAAUUCCUCUAGCCAUGCUGAAGUGUUUUUUUUUUUUUCAAAUCCACUGAGCAUUCUGUGAUCUGCUUGGAAUUGUGCUUCUGUGGAUUUUGCCAUCAUUUUAAGGUGUCACUCCAGUAGAGGGAGUGAGAUGAACCAUUUUUGCAAGAAUAUUUUUUUUCCGAGAGCUACAAAGUAUGGUGGUCUGUUUGGAAAAGUGUGUGCAUUUCUGUGUGUUUUUUUCUGAACAGAGCUGCACAAAUGUAGUAGAGCAGUGGACAAUUACCAACUGAGGGUCUCGCGUGUGAGGAGCACGACUAGACUUUUUGGAUCUGUGCAUAAAAGAACUGAGUCCAGAAAAGACAUUUUUCCUAUGUACUGUACAAAAGCUCAUGUUCCAUGAAAAGAUGCACUCCAGGUUUACCUUAAAAAUGAAAGUUGUGUUUCAUUUUGUGAGUUGCAGAUGAAGGUCUUCUUUCACAUUAUUUGCCAUUCUGAUGUCAGCCUAAGGGCCAGGUUUAUGGUGAGAUAAUGUUUUAUGUUACAGAAACUAAGUAAAUAGAUCAAAUGUACUGGAUAGGAUACUUCCAAACUAUGUGUGAGUAUCAUAGAGUCUAUAAAAUAGUGUGUAUGAGCUGAUUGUUCAAGCCAUACUGAAAACACAGCAAAGAUACACACAAUACAGUAGUGGAGAGCAAUUAGGUAGUCAUUUGCAGCUUUUUACCUAAACAGAAUGUAUUUUUGAACUAUAUAUCAUGUUAUUCACAAGAUUUCCAUUCCAUCACAAGCAGAUGUGACUCUUUUUGUCAUUUUCUGUUGCUGUUAUGGGGUCAAAAUUUUCUUUUGUGUCUUUUUUAAUAGAAAUCUCUGUCCUCAACAUUGUUGUUUGAGGUCUUAAAAUCAAAGACAUUGUGGAUUGGGACUCACAAGGACACUCACAAGAGCACAACGCGAUUCACUGCAAAAGUGAAUUUUAUUGGCAUGAGCAGACGGUUACUUUCUGUUAAAAUUGUGCAAAGUGAAAUUGCUCUCAAAACGUUUGCAGUAUUACUUAGGGUAGAUUCAAUAAAAGUCUCAGGCUCUCCAUAGUUAUUUUUUGGAAAAAGAAUGUGAUGGGGGAAUAAAAAAACAACACUAAAAAUGUGUAAAUUUGUAGUAUGUUUUCUAUGAUAUCUUGUUUUGCUGUGGCAGAAAUGAAACUUAUAUUGCAUCUGCCCCUUGUACUGUAUGUGAUGUGUUGUGACAGUGUUUGUAAAAGCUGUGCAGCAUCUCCUCAGCUUGGAUCUGAACGGACUAGAAAAGAUACCAGAAAGUGAGGGAUCACCUUGUGCGUUAUCUUAUGUAAAUAAAAUCAAAUCAAUACACUUAAAGACAAAAAAAAGGUAUUUGCACAGUGGCCCCUAAUCCAGACCUACUACACAGCCCCCCUUUUACACUAUGCAUUGAAACAGAUACGGUAUUAUUCAUUUCAGUGCAUUCAAUCUGAGAAUGAGAAAAGACUCCAUGUAAUGUUGAAGGAUUGUUGGUUCAUACAUUAUGUAUUUUUCUUCAUGAAGAUUGUGUCCAUAUUUAAAAACUGACAAAAAUAAAAUGUUGUGUCAAAG